AUGGUUUCUUUGGCAAACCAACAAGGACCCAAGCCCCGCUUUCAUCCUUUACCUUCGGGACUCCUUCCACAUCAGCUGGUUUUGGAGGGAGCACAAGCUCAGGAGCGACUACAAGCUCAACUACCAAGCCAAAUUUUAGCUUCCCCGUCUUUGGCAGUGCUUUUGCAAAUGACGGUCAAUCUUCCACAUCAAUCAGCAAUAAGAGUAAUUUUGGAAAGGGUCCCACCCUGGAGUGCACGAUCUGCCUAGAACAGCUUGACAAAGACAAGCGGGUACCAAAAGUAAUGCCGUGUGGGCACACAGUGUGCCUCCAGUGCAUGCAGCGGUUGUCUGACAAGAACUGCUGCCCUACAUGUCGCCAGAAGUUUGAUGGCGCACCAGAGGAUCUUCCUAACAACUUCAUGGUGCUGCAGCUGCUCGAAGAAGUCAGACCGGACUGGACCCCCCGUGCAUGGUGUUUGGAUUGCUGUACCGCUGUUGUGCAGAGCUGCUGGGACAAGCAUGAUGUCCUGCCCUCCAAGAGAGCUCUGAAGCAUAAGCUGCAUGGGGUGCUGCAGAAGGCAGCCUUCGAGCUGCCAACCCUAGACAACAAGUGUCAAGGCGAUCAGGCCAUGCAGGCCCUUACCCUGAUGGCUGGAGAGUCCUGGAACGUGACUGUACAGGGCAAGGAUCACAAGAUAGAGGGUACUGUAGGAAAAGCAGAGGACCCCCUGAUCCAAGCCAUGUGGCUCAUCAUGGCGGCCAAGAUCACCUGUAAAAAAUAGUUGUGUAAUUUGGCAUUGAAGUAGGUAUUUUACCUUUGAUACAGUGAUUUGAUUUUUCUAGAAGUUGAGAGAGAGAAAAAAUUCUACAUUAUCUGUUUUGAUUUUAAUUCUUUUGAAGUUUU